AUGAAAGUCAAAAUACAUGGAAAAUCAGGAUCAGAUACUGAAUCCUCAUCUCAUGAGUCCGAGGCCGAGGUGUCUGAUACUGAAGUAUCAUCAACGAAUACAGUCAUACCAUCAUCUGAUUCAUUAUCACUCACUGCAUCAACAUCCACCGCUGAAUUAUCCCCUGUUACCGAGAAGACAACAUCAACUUCGUCACCGGCUGCACCUGCAAUUACGACAACCGUCGCAGCAUCACCAACAUGGUCCACUGGGUCAGCGACAUCGACUGGACCCCAAUUUGCGUUGCCGCCAUGGCAAACUACGACUGGCUUUGACUUUGGUCGCCCAUCAUUCGCACUCUACGUGUCGAGUCCACCAGCCACACCAACUUCAGCAAUGUUCGAGACUUUAACUAAAUUCAUGAAGGAUGAAUUUAGUAAGUUACAUGCUCGCAUUGACCGUGCCAUAAGUCACCGUCCGGCGGUUACGUCAUUAUCAUCUGGGACAUCAAGAUUCGACAUCCAGUGGAUGGAACGCAUUGAUGAGAAGCUAGAAGACCUUCAAAUUGUCAUCCAAACCAACACUGAUCAAGUCGCGGAGCUGAAAGAACAUCUUGAUUCUUUAAGAUCAUCAUCAACUGCUCAAAAAUCAGGUGCUACUGCUCACCUUACGGCACGACGAUCAGCUAUCUGA